AUGUCUACAACUGUAAAUGUCUCUAUACCUGAUUCUGUUACUCCCCGAAAGGUUAUCAUCUGUUACGAUGAGUCUGACGCGAGCCGCCAAACAUUGGAAUGGGUAAACGGCCACGGCGUGCUUCUUCCUACUGAUGAAAUUACAAUUGUUACUUGCAUCAACGAAGACGUUGCCAAAAUUGAAGGCCCUGGUGGUUGGCAAACCAUUGCCAUUGGUGGUAUUGACUGUGCUGCUGACUACAGACAUACGGUCGCUCAAUUGGAGUCUCAAGGCAGAGAAAGCUUAGCCGAGGCUGUUCACGCCAUGCAUGCCUUGGGUUUGAAACAUGUCAAGGCUGAAAUUCUCAGAGGUGUAGCUACUGCUGAAAUUGUUAAGUUUGCCAAGGAAAAGCAAGCUGAUCUCGUUAUUUGUGGUAGCCGUGGUCUUGGUUAUUUAAAGAGAAAGCUGAUUGGAUCCACAUCUGAACAUCUUGUGCAUCAUCUGGAUUGCACUGUGAUGGUUGUUCGAUCUCAUCCUGAUGCAGCCAAACAUUAA